AUGAAGUUCUUCGGUCUCGUCUCCGGCCUCCUAAUCCUGGCCCCCGCGGUCCACGGAGCGUGGUGCACGCCCUACGGCAUCUCCACCGGUGCCAGAUGCGCAACCGGCAGGAACCAAUUCUGCUGCGACGGACCCGGCGACCGCGAAAACACCAUCUUCCGAGGCGACUGCGUCCGCACCGGCGGCACGUGCGGUGAUGGCAGCGUAAGUUACGGCGACAGCGUUGCUUCUUGA